CCUGAGCCGACACCCACCCCGGCCUCCGGCCCUGGCUACUUCGGCGUCAUCUCAGCCCGCAGUGCUUCGCCCAUUCACCUCCAGUCCCUGACCGCUCGUGGUGGAAAGUUCUACCUCGGCGGCGGCCCACCAUCCAGCUACUGCCCCGAGGCCGUCGGCGCCGCCUGCCCUCCUGGCAACACCACUGUCUUCGCUGGCGGCGACGAGACGCUCUCCCUCGGUGUCAUCGUUCCCGGUGGCCAGCAGGUCUACGUUGCUGCGGAUGGCGCCCUGAGCUACACCACUGCUCACUCCGCGUACAUCCCCGCUGGCUCUGUCGUCGACCAGUUCAGCAAGACUGCUCCUUCCGGCGGUAACAGCUUCGGCUACCUCAACUUCGAGACGGGCUUUGUUGCUUGCCCUGUUGGUGGUGCUGGCCAGGGAUACCAGGUCUACGGCCAGACUCAGGGUUUCGAGGCUAGCUCCGAGUGCCUUGGCUUCAGCGCUCUUACUUCUGAGGUCGACCAGCCUGGUGCGUGGCAGUACUAG